AUGCCGUUGCUGGACUCACCAGUGCUGUACCCAGCACCGAAGGUCCAGUGGUACUCACCGACGCCGCGGAAGCCGAGCCACGAGUAUCCGCUCGGCAUCGUCUUCCCGGAGGAUACAGAGAAGGAGACGAUGGUGGCUGGAGCCCGACGUGUGAGGGAAGGAUCCCCUCCAGAAGGCUUAAUGAUGGUCAAGAUCGAUUGCGCACUGGAUUUACUGCCGUCUGACAACUUUGGGCCGCACGUCUAUUGCGCCACAGCGUAUUACCCAGGUGAGGGCAACGCAGAAAUAAAUGCAAGAAAGACCGAAUUCGCGGUCGGGAAGGCGAAUCCCGCACGUCCUGACCUUGACAAUUGCAUGCUGCAGAAGACGGUUUCAGUACCGUACGAUCGGAAGCAACAGCUCCUGAUGGUCGAGAUCCACGAAGUGGAUCCCGAAAACUCAGAGGUAGAGGACUGUUUGAUCGGCCAGGCAACACUACCACUGGCAGAUCCAAAGAUCGAGUCCUCGGCAAACUGGCCGCUGUUUCGCGGCUUCGAAUCCAGCGGCUGA